AUGUGUUCACCAAAGAAGCCAAAUGUUGGAAACAAGGCAUUAUUGCAUUUAACAUUUUGUCAUCACAAAAUGAUCGUGUGGAUAUUGCUGCUUCAUUCAUUCAUCCAAUGUUCGGUUCAAAAAGAAGAUGAAGAUUAUGAAGAUGCACCAUCUAAUAAAACAUGGCUGUUGACGGGAAAAUUCCACGAUAAUGAUGUUACAUCUAUUCUAAACGGACUUUUAAAGGGUUAUGACAACAAGCUCAGGCCUGAUAUUGGAGUAAAGCCAACAGUAAUACAUACAGACAUGUAUGUUAACAGUAUCGGACCAGUAAAUGCUAUCAAUAUGGAAUAUACCAUUGAUAUAUUUUUUGCACAAACCUGGUAUGACAGACGCUUGAAAUUCAAUAGCACCAUAAAAGUGCUUAGACUUAACAGUAACAUGGUUGGCAAGAUUUGGAUUCCCGACACAUUUUUUCGCAACUCAAAGAAAGCUGAUGCUCAUUGGAUAACUACUCCUAAUAGGAUGCUCAGGAUAUGGAAUGAUGGAAGAGUACUUUAUACACUCAGGCUGACCAUAGAUGCUGAGUGUCAGCUUCAGUUGCAUAACUUUCCAAUGGAUGAGCAUUCCUGUCCUCUGGAAUUUUCAAGCUAUGGUUACCCAAAAGAAGAAAUCAUUUAUCAGUGGAAGAGAAGCUCAGUUGAAGUUGGAGAUGUGCGAUCAUGGAGACUUUAUCAGUUUUCAUUUGUUGGGCUGCGAAACACAACAGAAGAGGUGAAGACAACAUCAGGAGACUACGUUGUAAUGGCAGUGUACUUUGAUUUAUCCAGAAGAAUGGGUUAUUUCACUAUACAAACAUAUAUACCCUGCACCCUCAUUGUUGUUUUGUCAUGGGUGUCUUUUUGGAUUAACAAAGAUGCCGUCCCAGCUCGGACUUCUCUAGGUAUCACAACGGUCCUCACUAUGACCACUCUCAGUACUAUUGCUCGGAAAUCUUUGCCUAAGGUGUCUUAUGUCACAGCAAUGGACCUAUUUGUCUCUGUCUGCUUUAUCUUUGUAUUUUCUGCCUUGGUGGAAUAUGGAACACUUCAUUAUUUUGUCAGUAACAGGAAGCCAAGUAAGGACAAAGAGAAAAAGAAAAAGAAUCCAGCCCCGACUAUUGACAUCCGUCCAAGAUCAGCAACUAUUCAGAUGAAUAAUGCCACACAUCUGCAAGAGAGAGACGAAGAAUAUGGCUAUGAAUGUCUUGAUGGAAAAGAUUGUGCCAGUUUCUUCUGCUGUUUUGAGGAUUGCCGAACUGGUGCUUGGAGACAUGGAAGAAUACAUAUUCGUGUUGCAAAAAUUGACUCAUAUUCCCGAAUUUUCUUCCCAACUGCUUUCUGCUUAUUUAACUUGGUUUAUUGGGUAUCAUAUCUUUAUCUUUAA